AUGAACACUCAAGUAUUUAUCGAGUGGUAUGACGCUGUAUUCAUUCCAGAGGUUAAAAAACAUCAGAUAGAAACUGGAGACACUGGAAAUGUUUUAUUAGUGAUUGAUAAUGCUCCAAGUCAUCCCUCAAACCUUUCACUUGAGAGAGAAGAAGGAAAAUUUAAGGUGAUUUUCUUGCCACCCAAUGUUACCUCAGCCCUUCAACCUAUGGAAAAGGGGGUGAUCGAAGUCUUCAAACGUUGCUACAGAAAAGCGUUGCUUCGUAGUGUCCUAAUCGGCCAAGAGAAAGAUAAAACAAUUCUUGAAAUCUACAAAGGUAUUAACUUGAAGGAUGCUGUUUACAUGGCAGCAGAAGCGUGGACUAAUGCCAAAGCGACUACUCUAAAGAAAACCUGGAAUAAGCGUUGUCCAGCAGUUGAAUCCGAAGCUAGCCCUACAUCGGAAGAACCAACAAAUGAAAACUUUGUUUCAGAAAUGGUUGAGUUGAUGAAAGAGGUUUCAGGAUUUCAAGAAUGUGACCAAGAAAAUGUGAAUGAAUGGCUAGAAUUUGACAAGGAUGACCCUGGCUACGAAUUGUUGACAGACGACGAUAUAGUAGCACAGGUUGAAGUUCCUGAAGAUGACGACGAUGAUGACGAAAUUAGUGAUAACAUCGUCUCAGCUGAAAAAUGUCCGUCCAAUGAAGAAGCCUUUAAAUGCUUUGAGACUGUUAUUAAAUGGUUGGAACACCAAGACGAAUGCGAUUCUGUGCAGUUGCUGUCUUUAAAACGCCUAAGAGAUUUGGCGGCAAAAAAACGAGUCUCCAAACUUAAGUAA